CUCACCUUUCCCUUUCUCUCUCUCUAUCACCUCUCUCUCUCUGUCUCACCUGUCUCUCUCUCUCUCUCUUUCAACUGUUUUGCUCUUUAUCCUUCUCUCUCUUUCUCUCACCUGUAUCUCUGUCUCACAUCUCUCUCUCUCUGUGUCUCACCUGUGUCACCUGUCUCUCUCUCUCUCUGUCUCACCUGUCUCUCUCUCUCUCUCUCUCUCAACUGUUUUGCUCUUUAUCGCUCUCUCUCUUUCUCUCACCUGUAUCUCUGUCUCACCUGUCUCUCACCUGUCUCACCUGUCCUCAGAUAAAGACCUGACGUCUAAUGAAGCACCAACAGGUAACAGACUUUUAUUUUGAAGGGAUCACUUUCAGAUCUCUGUCUGAUUGGUUAGUUGUUUUUUUCUUACUUACUUACUUACAUUUAUCCUAAAUGUCAUUGGUCAAUCUGGUUAUGACAUCACAGUCUCCAUUAAACAUAAGUGUCACCUCAGUGACCUCGUCCGCUGCUGCCAGUGACUGCAUUCAGAUUCAAGAGUUUGUGUGUCUGUGAUUGUGUGUCCCUGUGUGUGUGUAUGUGUGUAUGUGUGUGUGUAAUUGUGUCUGUGUGUGUCUGUGAUUGUGUGUCUAUGUGUGUGUGUCUGUGAUUGUGUGUUUGUGUGUCUGUGUGUGUGAUUGUGUCUGUAACUGUGUGUAUGUGUGUGUGUCUGUGAUUGUGUGUCUGUGUGUCUGUGAUUGUGUGUCUGUGAUUGUGUGUGUGUGUGUCUGUGUGUGUGUCUGUGUCUGUGAUUGUGUCUGUAACUGUGUGUCUGUGAUUGUGUGUCUGUGAUUGGGUCUGUGUGUCUGUGAUUGUGUGUGUCUGUGAUUGUGUGUGUCUGUGAUUGUGUGUCUGUGAUUGUGUGUGUCUGUGAUUGUGUGUCUGUGAUUGUGUCUGUGAUUGUGUCUGUAACUGUGUGUCUGUGAUUGUGUGUCUGUGAUUGUGUCUGUGUGUCUGUGAUUGUGUGUGUCUGUGAUUGCGUGUCUGUGAUUGUGUGUGUCUGUGAUUGUGUGUCUGUGAUUGCGUGUCUGUGAUUGCGUGUCUGUUUCUGGUUCAAACGUGUUAUUUUCUCAGUUUGAAUCUGAAAGGUUUUUUUGUGUGACUUGACUGAUCACAGACUUCAUAGAUCACACAGACUUUAUUGAUCACUCAGAAUAGGCUGACAUCACCGUUUAGCCAUCAAUAUUGAACAAACUGGCCCUGUGUGAGGGAGUUCACUAGCUGUACUUAUUGAUUAAUGAUUUAUAAAUGGAUCUAUCAUUAUUGAUUUAUUGAUUUCAGAACCUGCAGUGGCCGCUAAAAACAGUGCAGAGAAGGGCGACGGUGAGACGCAUUUCAACGUUCUGAUAUAUAAUCUCUAAUUAUUUAUAUAUCAUUUAUAAAUAAUCUAUAUAUAAUUAUAUAUGAUUUUGAUAUAAUUUAUAGAAAAUUUAUAAAUAAUUUAUAUACAAUUUAUGAAAACUUUAUAAAUAAUUUAUAUAUAAUUUAUAUAUAAGUUUUAAUAAUUUAUAAAUAAUUAUAUAUAAUUUAUAAAUUAUUUAUUUAUAAUUUAUAAAUUAUUUAUAUAUGAUUUAUAAAUUAUUUGUAUAUAAUUUAUACAGGCUGCUGUUUUUUAUUUCUGUUUUUUCUCUUUUCUUAGACUCUGAAGAGGAGGGCAAAACAUCGGAAGUCAAAUCUCAGGCCCCUGCCCUUCAAGAGCAAAGCCCCGCCCUCUUAGCGCAAAGUGCCGCCCUCAGACUUCAGAGUAUCACUUACAACAACCAAAAUCCCACCCCCACCCAGCCCCCUCAGCCAAUCAUUCCUCAGCGUAGGUCUGUGGUGAGGACUCGAGCGUCAAAGAGACGAAGAAACAACCGCCGCCAAAUAUAACAGACACACACAGACACACAGACACACACACACACACACACACACAGACACACACACACACAAAGGAAGAUCUAACUGGUUGUCUCCAUGUUUCUUUGUCUCUGUUGUUGAAAUAAAAACAUGAUAAUCUUGCUGACACACGGUUUGAUCAGGAUAACAGAUCUGAUUGUUUUGGAUCCUGGACCCCUUUAUUUAGCUCUUUGUUGUUUAGUUUAUAUCAAUAGUUGUGUAUCGACAAAAAAAACUCAUGAAACAAUAAAAAAUUGUUUGUUACGUUUUUCUGUUUAAAUAAAAAUAAGCUGAAAAAAACUCAAACCUUGGCUCAGCUGAUUCUAUUACUGCGACAGAAAACAUCAUAAAAAUAUAAAAAAACAUCAAGUGUUAUAUACUGAUAUAGACUUUUAAAGACUGUCUAAGACUGUUAUAAACUGUUAUAGACACAGACUCUUAUUGACUGUUUUAGACUGUUAUAGACAAAUCGUCCUCUGACUGUUAUAGACUCGUACUGUUAUAGCCCGUUAAGGACUCAGACUGUUUUAGACUAUUAUAAACUCAGACUGUUACGGACUGUUAUAGACUGUUACAGACUGAGACUAUUAAAGCCUCAAACUGUUAUAGACUGUUAUAGACUCAUGCUUUUAUAGACUGUUAUGGACUCAGGCUGUUAUAGACUGUUGUAGACUGUUAUAGACUCGGACUAUAAUAGCCUCAGCAUGUUAUGGACUGUUAUAGACUCAGACUGUUGUGGACUCAGACUGUCCAAGACUCAGACUGUGAUAGACUUUUAAAGACUCAAACUGUUACAGACUCAGACUAUUAUGUACUGUUAUGGACUCAGACCGCUAUCAACAGUUGUAGAAUCAGACUCUUAUAGACUCAGACUGCUAGAGACUGUUUUGGACUCAGACUGCUUUAAACUCAGACUGUUAUUGUCUUUUAUAGACUUAGAAUGUUAUAGAAUGUUAAAGACCGUCAAAGACAUUUAUAGAUUCAGUCUUUUAUAGACUGUUAUAAACUGAGAUUGUUAUAGGCUUUUAUAGACUCAGACUGUUAUAGACUUUAAUAGACUCAAACUGUUAUAGACUGUUAUACACUCAGAAUGUUAUAGACUGUUACAGACUGUUGUAGACUGUUAAAGACUCAGACCGUUAUAGACUGUUAUAGACUCAUGCUGUUAUAUACUGUUUUAGACUGUUAUAGACUCAGACUGUUAUAGACUGUUAUAGACUGUUAUAGAGUCAGACUUUUAUAGCUUCAAACUGUUAUCGACUGUUAUAGACUCAGACUGUUUUGGACUCAGACUGUUAUAGACUCAGACUGCUAGAGACUGUUAUAGACCCAGACAUUCCGGACAUGGCUAUCGAGCUAGCAGGCCGCACAGCACACAGACGCGACAGGAGCCGCGACUCCGGGAAGAGCAGGAGAGGGGGGCUCUGCAUCUAUGUGAAUAACAGCUGGUGCACAAACGCCACUAUUAUCGACAGGCACUGCUCAGUGGACCUGGAAUUUAUCACAGUUAGAUGCAGGCCAGCGUACCUUCUGCGUGAGUUUACCGUUGUCAUGGUGACUUCAGAUCCAGCCCCACCACAAUCUCUGGGGACGCCUCACUGGCGGAGGAGCUUAAUCAUUUCUUGGCCCGUUUCGAGGCAGAGCCACCAGCGGGGGCCCUCACUGCAGCUGACAUCCCUACAUAGUCUGACCUUCUCUGUGCAGGUACAGGAAGUGUGGAGAACCCUGAGGGCAGUGAACCCCCGUAAAGCUACUGGACCUGAUGGUGUGACAGGGAGGGUGCUGAGGGAGUGUGCUGACCAGCUAGCUGGGGUUUUCACCAACAUCUUUAAUCAGUCCCUCACCCAGUGCUCCAUCCCACCCUGCCUAAAGUCCUCCACCAUCAUCCCUCUGCCAAAAAAGAGCAACACCACUAGCCUCAAUGACUACCGGCCAGUAGCACUUACCCCCAUCAUUAUGAAGUGCUUCGAGAAACUGGUUCGGAGUCAUAUCACUUCACGCAUGCCACCAACACUUGACCCCCACCAGUUUGCAUAUAGAGCCAACUGGUCUACGGAGGAUGCCAUUGCCACCGCUCUGCACACCACGCUGACAGACGUGGAACAGCGAGGGAGCUACGCGAGGCUGCUCUUCCUGGACUUCAGCUCGGCCUUCAAUACCAUCAUUCUGAGCAGACUAGUGAGCAAACUGGGGGACCUGGGUCUCUACCACAACAUCUGCCAUUUGAUUUUGGACUUUCUGACAGACUGCUCCCAGAGGGUGAGAGUAGGACUCCACCUAUCCCCAGCACUGAGCACCAGCACCGGCUCUCCACAGGGCUGUGUGCUAAGCCCCCUACUCUACACCCUCUACACCCAAAACUGCACCCCCACUCACCCAUGAUACCACGGUGGUGGGGCUCAUCUCUGGAGGAGAUGAGACUGCUUAUAGAGUGGAGGUGGAGCGACUGUCAGUCUGGUGCACCUCCAACAACCUCAUCCUGAACACCUCCAAGUCGAAGGAACUGAUUGUCGACUUCAGGAGGAGUAAACAGGAAUUCAACCCAUCACAAUAAAUGGGGACAGGCUUGAGAUUGUGCCAGACUUCAAGUUUCUGGGCACCUACAUCGGUGAAGACCUGACCUAGACUGCAAACUCCACUUCAAUCCUGAGGAAGGCACAGCAGACACUCUACUUCCUGAGGAUCCUCAGGAAGAGCAAUAUAAAAACUGAGCUCUUGGUGUCCUUCUACUGCUGCUCAGUGGAGUCAGUGCUGAGCCAUGGCAUCUCGCUGUGGUUCUGCAGCUGCACUGCGGCAGAGAGGAAGCAGCUCCAGAGGGUCAUGAACACAGAUCAAAGACUGACUGGCUGCCCUCUUCCAUCCCUGGAGAAGAUCUACAGCACCCGCACAGGAGAGCCCGCAGCAUCGUCAGGGACCCCUCACACCCCGGCCACCACCACUUCAAACUCCUACCUUCAGAGAGGCGUUUCAGGGCAAUAAAGACAAAAACAAACAGACUAAAGUACAGCUUUUAUCCAAGAGCUGUCGUUGCCCUGAACACUGCAGACUCCUCCAUCAAUAAAUAAGCCAAAUACUGUGAAAUAGGGAAUUUCUGUUUCAUAUCAAGUGCAAUACUCUUGAAUGUCUUGAGUGCAAUAGUGCUGGUUGUUUUUUAUUCAUUUUCACAAUUUUUCAUAUUAUAGUUUACUUAAAUUAUAUGUUUAUAUUAUUCUAUUGUGUUAUUUUGUGCUAUAUUAUUGUUAUUUUUUUAAUGAUACCUUUGCACUGUCUGCGAGAGCUGCUAUUAUUCUGAUUCUGAUUCUGGUAUACUUAGGCUGUCAUAGACUGUUAAAGACUCAGAUUGUUAUUGACUCAGACUGUUAUAGACUGUUAUAGACUUAGAUUGUUAAAGGGGACCUGCCAUCAAAAUGUAAUUUUGUGUGUUUUUUGUGUCAGAUAAGGUCCAUAUUUUGUUCGUCUUAUGUUGUAAAUGUGAAAACAAACUGUUAUGUCGUUUUCAUUCUGUAAAGGUUUAAAAUAAAGAAACGGGUAAACCAGGCCAAUUGAAAAAGCAGGUCCUUCUGACGUCACGCUGACCUUGCUCAUUAUUAUUCACGAGCGUGUCCUCGGUGAGCUGCGCCCGCUCUCUCAUUCUCAUACUCAUUCACAGUCAACAUUACUCUCCAGCCAGAGCGAGACCCAGCUACCACUGUAUCCGCUAUGGGUCUCUUCCAAACGACCGGUGUUUCCUUCGGUUCACUGCCGGGAAAAUGAACUUAAAGCUGAGCAGAAUGAAUGAAAACACCGCUGGAGAUCUCUGGCUUCUUCUUCAACUUCCACCUCCUCUUCGGACUCGGGGUCUAAAAUAUAUGGUUUAAUACCUGCCAUUUUUAGCCUUUAGCAUAAGGUGACCAGACGUCCCCAAUUUCCGGGGACAGUCCCCGUAUUGGAUGACCUGUCCCCGGCAAAAGCUGUCCCCGAAAAUGUCCCCGAUUUAAGCGUUUCAUGAAUGAGAGCAAAAAUGUUGCGUGUGGGCUCGAACAACGGUUAUUACAGUAGCCGAAUAGGUAGGAAGCACAAGUAAGCAGUCCUGAACAACAGUUUUUAAGGGGGUUAUUACAAGGGGCAUACGCUGCUACUAAAUAGUACCGAGAUUUUGUCUGUGAUCACGCAGCCCCUGCAGCCCCUGCAGCCCCUGUGGCCCCUGCAGCACCUGCACCCGCCGCCACCGCCGCACCGAAUAUCCCCGGAUAUCAUUACAGACAUCUGGGCACCUUACUAUAGCACACAUUAGCAAAAUGGAUAAACCGAUUUCCGAUGCUCCACUGCUGAGCCAAUCAGAGCACAGCAGGCUUCACAGCAGCGAUCCAAUCAGAGCAAAGCUCAUUACCAUAAAUGUUAAUGAGCCAAAAUCAGUUGGUUUUCCUGUAAGGUUUUUUAGGCAUACUAAAACAAACCAUCAAAUAACUUUUCAGCUAAAAUUAUGUUGCAAACAUGAUCAGAGGACAUCAAGGAUUAUGAAAAAUUGAUAAAAAUGGGUUUGAAAUUUUGAAGGCAGGUCCCCUUUAAAGACUGUUAUGGACUCAGACUGUAAUAGACUGUUAUUGACUCAAACUGUUAUAGACUGUUAUAGACUCUGACCGUUAUUGACUCAGACUGUUAUAGAAUGUCAUAGACUCUGACUGUUCUAGACUUAGACUGUUCUAGACUGUUAUAGACUCAAACUGUUAUAGACUGUCAUAGACUCAGACUGUGAUAGACUGUUAUCGACUCAGACUGUUCUAGACUUAGACUGUUAUGGACUCUGACUGUUAAAUCCCAAAUUCUCACCUCACCAUCUCCAUACCUGACUCCCCUGUCACUCAAGGCCAAACCACACCCCCAACACCAUAAAAGCCAGCCCUCAGGCCUGCUCUCCCUUUUGCACCCUGACCAAGAUCAGCACAGAACAAAGGGAGUCUGAAUGUGAGUUGGAAACGGACAAAGCCUUACAAAAUGUCGUUGGAUUCUCCUUAUUUGUAUUAUUUCUAAUAUGGUUUAUUCUCAAAUAUUAUUUCAUUAGAUUCCUGUCACCCUAAACGCAAAUGUAAUGAUUUAAAGCCCUGAAGUGGAUGCAUCUAUGACGUGAGAUUAGUUAACAAAUUUACAAAUUCAUUUGACUUUAUCAGUCCCCCUUUUUUGUAAUAUUUUAUGUUGAUACAUCUUGUUUCUAUUCCUUUGAUUGUCUGAACAGAGAAAAUCAUCCACUGAAGACGAGCGAAAUAAACCGUCUAACUGAAUCCUGGAUCCUGUGUUUUAAUGUUCACUUGAUAUAGGAUGUUCGAUGAGCAAGCAUCAGCGUCAACAUAAUCUUUUACACUGACCAUUAUUGACUCAGACUGUUAUAGACUGUUAUAGACUCAGACUGUUGUAGACUUAGAAUGUUAUAGACUGUUAUAGACUCAAAUUGUUAUAGACUGUUAUCGUCUCAGACUGUUAAAGACUAUUAUAGACUCAGGCUUUCAUAGAUUGUUAUUGAAUCAGACUGUUAUAGACUUAGACUGUUAAGGACUGUUAUAGACUGUUAUAGACUCAAACUGUUAUAGAGAUUGAUAAACUCAGACCGUUACGAGCUCAGACUCUUAUAGACUUUUUUAGACUGUUAAAGACUGUCAUAGACUCAGACUGUUUUAAAUGUAGCCUGUUAUUGAUUGUUAUAGACUCAGACUGUUAUAGACUGUUACAGACUUAGAUUGUUAGAGACUGUUAUAGACUCAGACUGUUAUAGACUGUUACAGACUCAGACUGUUAUGGGCUGUAAUAGACUUAUAGAUUCAAACUGUGGCUUAAACUGUUAUAAACCGUUAAAGACUCAAAGUGUUAUAGGCUGUUAUAGACUCAAAGUGUUAUAGACUGUUAUAGACUCAGACUGUUAAAGACUGUUAUAGACUCAGACUGUUCAGACUGUUAUAGACUGUUACAGACUCAGACUGUUAUGGGCUGUAAUAGACUUAUAGAUUCAAACUGUGGCUUAAACUGUUAUAAACCGUUAAAGACUCAAAGUGUUAUAGGCUGUUAUAGACUCAAAGUGUUAUAGACUGUUAUAGACUCAGACUGUUAAAGACUGUUAUAGACUCAGACUGUUCUAGACAUAGACUGUUAUAAACUGUUAUAGAUUCAGACUGUUAUAGACUGUUGAAGACUUAGAUUGUUAGAGACUGUUAUAGACUCAGACUGUUAUAGACUGUUAAAGACUAAGACUGUUAUGGGCUGUAAAAGACUUAUAGAUUCAAAGUGUCAUAGACUGUUAUUGACUUAUAGAUUCAGACUGUUAUAAACAGUUCAAACUCAGACUGUUAUAGACUGUAAAAGACUAAGACUGUUAUGGACAGUGAUAGACUUAUAGAUUCAUACUGUUAUAGACUGUUGAAUACCGGGGUAGUUAUACACUGUUAUAGACUCUGACCGGUAUUGACUCAGACUGUUAUAGACUGUUAUAGACUCAGACUGUUAUAGACUUAGACUGUUAUAGAAUGUUAUAGACUCUAACUGUUUUAGACUGUUAUCGACUCAGACUGGUAUAGACUGUCAUAGACUCAGACUUUUAUAGACUCAAACUGUUGUACACUGUUAUAGAUUCAGACUGUUAUAGACUGUUAAAGACUUAUAUUGUUAGAGGCUGUUAUAGACUAUAACUGUUAUAGACUGUUACAGACUCAGACUGUUAUGGAGUGUUAUAGACUUAUAGAUUCAGACGGUUAUAGACUGUUAUUGACUGUAAUAGAUUCAGACUGUUUUAGACUGUUAAAGACUGUUAGACUCACACUGUUAUAGACUGUUACAGACCCAGACUGUUAUGGACUGUUAUAGACUAAGACUGUUAUGGACUGUGAUAGACUUAUAGAUUCAGACUGUUAUAUACUUAGGCUGUUAUAGACUGUUAUAGACUCUGACCGUUAUUGACUCAGACUGUUAUAGACUCAGACUGUUAAAGACUUAGACUGUUAUAGACUGCUAUAGACUCAAACCGUUAUAGACUGUUAUCGACUCACACUGUUAUAGACUGUCAUAGACUCAGACUUUCAUAGAUUGUUAUAGAUUCAGACUGUUUUAGAUUCAGACUGUUAUAGAAUGUUACAGACUCAGACUGUUAUAGACUGUUAAAGACUAAGACUGUUAUGGACUGUGAUAGACUUAUAGAUUCAGAUUGUAAAAGACUUUUAUAUACUUAGGCUAUUAUAGACUCUUAUAGACUCUGACCGUUAUUGACUCAGAUUGUAUAGACUGUUAUAGACUGAGACUGUUAUGGGCUCUGAUAGACAUAUAGAUUCAGACUGUUAUAGACUGUUUUUGACUGUUAUAGAUUCAGACUGUUAUAGACUGUUAGAGACAGUCACAGACUCAGAAUGUUUUAGACUGUUAUAGACUGUCAUAGACUCAGACUUUCAUAGAUUGUUAUAGAAUCAGACUGUUUUAGAUUCAUGUUGUUAUAGAUUGUUAUAGACUCAAACUGUUAUACACUGUUAUAGAUUCAGACUGUUAUAGACUGUUAUAGACUAAAAUUGUUAGAGGCUGUUAUAGACUCAGACUGUUAUAGAAUGUGACAGACUCAGACUGUUAUAGACUGUUAUAGACUAAGACUGUUAUGGGCUCUAAUAGACAUAUAGAUUCAGACUGUUAUAGACUGUUAGAGACAGUCACAGACUCAGAAUGUUUUAGACUGUUAUAGACUGUCAUAGACUCAGACUUUCAUAGAUUGUUAUAGAAUCAGACUGUUUUAGAUUCAGACUGUUAUAGACUGUUACAGACUAAGACUGCUAUGGACUGUGAUAGACUUAUAGAUCCAAUCCUUUUCCGUUUUGUAGUUUUUUAAAACUUUUUUUCUCUUUUGAACAUUUUCUGUAUAAAAAUAGUUUUUUUAAAUUUUCUGUGUCCAUGAUGAAUGGACCUUUUUUGAUCUAUAUUUGCUCUGCUGAGAGAGAGAAGAUUAUUUUAACCUUUCAUGACAAAUUCAACAUUUAAGGUGAUGAAUGAUUUAAAGUCUGUAGAAACAACAUCUAGAGAAACGAUGUUGACCAAAGUUUUAGAUCCUUGUGGCAGCAAAGAUGAUUUCUGAGUGAAAGUGUUGUCAACAUAUAAAACCUUUAAAAAUCAUAUGUAUAAAAAAACAUGUUAAUCAUCUUCUACAGUUGAGUUCUUAGAAACACUCAGAGACUGUCUUUGACCCACAUCUGUAUAAGUGUUGAUUUUUGGGUUCCUGACUCUCAGACUCGGCAUUUGUUUUUACGGAUCCGUCUUUUGUUCUGAGAAAGUGAAUACGGAGCUCAUUAGAGGCUGUUAACAUGCUCACACAUGCACACACUCAGGAACACUUUUAUUUCACGCUUUGUGUUUUUGUUUUCUGUCCUCAGGUGAACUUGGAGCCGACCAACUUCAGCCAACAUUUCUCAGAGCCAAGCUGUCGUCAAAAAACCUGAAACCUUUAAACCUUUCAAACACGUCAGGGAAAAACGUCUUUUCAUUGAAAAACAACGCAUUCAAUGAUUGAAUAACAUGAUUAAUCACUAAAAAAAUAAGUCAGUUUGAUGAAAAACAUGUUAAUUACCAAAAAAAAAAGAUUUUCAUGAAAAGAUCAUUUACAAAGAUCUUGACUGAAAAAUGUGAAAAAAGAGAAACUGACCUGGAAACAGAUCAGCUGACAGCAGCAAGUUCAGAUCUUCAGUUUUUCACCAAAUGCAAAUAGAAUCACGUCAUGGAGGAAAAAUCAACGUAAACACACGAAUGACAAACGUCCAGCUGAAACAUCAGAUCUCCAGCGAAUGUUGGCACUGAAAUAACCAAUCAGAACGGAGAUACUCGGCGACGAACGCCAACAACAGAAUCGAGGAUUAACGAUGGAGACGGUACGAGACUCUGAGACUCUGAGACUGGACUAAAGAAGAUCUCAGCUGAAGGACAGCGAGUCAGGAGGUCCACGGAUCAACCAGAACAAACGGACCAGACCUGCAGCAGGAACCCGCCUCGCUGUAACCACACCUCUGAUUGGACAUUCUGCAGACGAGAUAUGAACAUGAGAAGACGAUUUUAUUCACGCUUGGACUAAACGUGACAUGAGACCUAAGAUCGGUUCUUCAGUGGACAGAGAUCUGCUCUGAUUGGUUGACUUGUUUGACGUUUUUCACAAUAAAAAAAAAUGUGUUUCUGAGUCUCAGAUUUCGGACAGAGUGUCCAACCAGUUCUCAUCUCCAUGACAAAACAGGCCCACACACAUUCCUGUGAAUUUACCAUCAACAUCACUUCCUGGUCGUGUGUGUGUGUGUGUGUGUGGGGGGGGGGGGGCAGUCAGAAACAGUCAGGAGGAAAUUUUUUGACUACCGACACAGGUAAGUAACUCUGGAGGUCGUCUGAACUCAACACACGAGAACCGACGACAAGAAACUGAAAACUGUAAAAACUGAACGGAGAAACAAACAGAGAGACGGGAUUAACACAGAAACACACCUGAAACCAGAUUAAUCCAUUCUUUCCAGAUUUUGUUUUAGAAUUAUGAGGCAGAUAUUCCCCUGAUGUUAUUUGAUUAUAAAAGUUCUAUAUUCAUGAAUUUUGUAUUUUUAUGUUUCAGAUGUUUUUACAAGUUUGUCAAAAUUACUUAGAGGUGCUUUAAUUUACAGACAGAGAUCACAGCAGAAUAAAAACUUCCUGUACUCUUAAAUGUUAUUACUGAUGUUUUUUUUUCUAUAAUUGAAACAUCUGAAAGUAAAAUGAGAAAACUUUUUUAUAUAAAAGACUCAAAUUAAGAUUUGAACAGCUGACUCAGCAGUUCUGGAUGGUUCUGUUGGAUCUUUUUGGGUUGAAAGUGUUAAAGGCUUCUCCUCCUAAAUGACUGAUUUUUGAAUAUAAUCAUGAGUUAUUGAUUACCAACUGAAUGAUCAUGAAUCCUCCUUUAAUUGUUGUUCUGAGAUUAUUCUGUUUUCACGUCGACUGCCUCUGAUCAGAAUAAUCUGUUUUAUUCAGCGUUCACCUGAGUGCAGCUGAUGGGACAGGUGAUGUGAGGGAGAGGGAAAGGGUGGAGAAGGGGGGAGGAGAGUGUGGACAUAAAAAGCAGCGUCUCUCUUUCAGCUGAGUUCAGAAACUCGUCAAACAACCGAGUUAGUUUCUUGUUCGACGAAAGCAUGAUGUUCUCCAGGUGAGUUUUUUCCUUCUUCUUUUAGAUUUCGUCCUUCAUCCUGACUAAAGUUUGUAAAAGCUCACUGUUCAAGAUAAAUCACUGUUUUUAUCAAAGUUUUAUUAGAGAGAGAUCGAAAGGUCAGAGCAAAACUGACUGCUGCUUAUUUCAUGACAUUUAUUCAGUUAACACUCCGGGGGAUUUUCAGAAGAAUAAUCGUAGCUUUGAGUCACUGUCUGCUGGUUUCUGUCCUUUUCUGCUGUUUUCAUUUAUUUGUUUCAGUUUUUUUUUCUAUUUUCCUUUCCUUUUUUUUCUUUUGCUGUUUUCUAUUUUUUUGUUUCAGUGUUUUCUCUUUUCUUUUUCUUUUUUUGCUAUUUUCUAUGGGUUUUUUAAUGUUUUUUUGUGUGUUUUUUUUUUUUUUUUUUUUUGUGUGUUUUUCAUUUUUUUUGUCUCCGUCAUUUUCUGCUCCCCUCUGUUUCUCUUUGCGGUGCUGUGGUUUAACUACUCAGGACUCAGGUUCUGCUGUUUCAGGGUCCGGUCUGUGUAAAUCCAGUACUUCAGUGUUUGGGCAUAAAGCGUCAGUAUUCCCUGGAUUUCCCCUGACACUUGACUCUCAGAAGGAGCCUUAAAGCUUUUUGUCCCUUUGAGCUGCUGCAGCUCUUUUCUCUCCAUAUGUCCCUGAAGAACAGACGCUUUGUUUUUUUUCCUGUCCAGGAAACAAAGAAACAGUCAUUAACCUUUCAGGCUGCAGACCGGCUCCACCCCCGCUGCUCCAAACACCUCACAUUACUCAGGAAAUACUCUGACCGUCUUUAACAUCCAACAAGACAGAAAAGCAGUAUUCUAUUCACCUGGAAGUACUCAGUCCCAUUACUAAUGCUGUGUAAAAUAAACAUAAAUUCACAGAUCACAUGACUGACAUACAAACAAAACAGCUGACUUUAUUAAAGUCAGUAUUUACUCAGUCCAUGUUCAGCUUUUACUCAUAUACAUACUUGUAGCUUUUAUUAUUUGAUGUUUUUUUUCUCCUGUACAGGCCACUUUGUCUGGCCUGUCCUAUAAAUGUGCUAUAUAAAUAAACGUGACAUUGACACAUAUAUAUAUAUAUAUAUAUAUAUAUAUAUAUAUAUAUAUAUAUAUAUAUAUAUAUAUAUGUGUGUGUGUGUGUGUGUGUAUAUAUAUAUAUAUAUAUAUAUAUAUAUAUAUAUAUCAUGUUGUUUGUUUCUUGUUGCAGAGUAUUACAGUGAUGAAAAUUACAUGCAAACAGGCUGCAGUCAAAUUUGCCCUUUGAUUUGGCAUUAUAAGCUUUCCUGUGUGUGUGUGUGUGUGUGUGUGUGUGUGUGUGUGUGUGUGUGUGUGUGUGUGUGUGUGUGUGUGUGUGUGUCUUAAACAGGUGUGUUGGGUUGCUGCUCUUGGCUCUCUGUGCUCUUUCUUCUGCAGCUCCAGCUCAAGGUAAACAAGAACUUUGAAUAAGAAACUCGAACAUAAAACCAUAAGUGACAAAUUCAACCAAACGAUCUCACAUGAACUCUCAUUUAGCAAGCAUGCUGACAUAGAAUCUAAAGUUUCCAUUUUUAUCCAUUAUUCCAUUAUUGUUAUUAUUAUUCAUAAUUAUAAUUGUAAGUAUUAUUAUAUUUCAUUGUAAUUAUUAAUAUUUAUAUUGCUACUAUUGUUAUUAUUCAUAAUAAAUUAUGAAACAAAAUGAGUCAUAAGUAUCUAUAAAUAUUUAUUGGAUUUAUCUGUAAUGAUAAAAUGCUGCUGUUGACUGAUUAUUGAAUAUUGAUUGGUAGAACAAUGUUGGAGAAGCAGGUUUGGUGAACAUGUCCACACACCGUCAUGAUGACUCAAACAAUAUUACGAUAAUGUCGUUCAUCAGCAGCUGUGUCUUGUUUAUCGUCCCGUUUUCCACACUGCGGUCACAGCAGGGGACGCUGGGGCCGCCCCAGAUAUGGCAGCUACACAAGACGGCGCCCCCUGCUGGUCAUCAGAUUCGUUUAUACAGACACCUUUGUGAGUGUUAGGCAAAUAUCAAACUUCAUCCUGAAAAACAAAAAAAGCAUCAGAUUAAUAAACAAUCCAAAAGAUUUAAAUAUUUAGUUCAGGAUUCUACUUGUCCCUCAGUCUGUUUGUAUGUCUGUACCAUAGACUGUAUCUAGAACGGAUGCCGUCUGCCUCCUCACUCUGAGAACAGCGCCCUCUGGUGACGGGCUGCAGUAUAGGUCAUAAACCCCGCCUCCUUAUGGAGCUGUGGACAAACUUUAUAAAUGAAUGACACAGAAUAUAAAUGUUUCUCCCCCCUGGUUGUGAUGUUGACAUGUAGUUACUGUCAGACUGGUUUGUGCUCAAGUCCUCUUUUUUUCUCUACAGCUCCAUUUUUAAAAGUUAUUAGGGGGUUCAUGUUUUCUAUGAUUGACAUUUGAUACAGCCUAUGGGCGUUAAGGGAUUGUGUAGCUCACCAGGGGGAUACGCUGUGUGAGUCGAGCUUCAUCACAGCGACUCUUCCGUUGUACCACACUACUUCGCGAGUGGUGGUUCCAGGAUGUGGAGAAAAUCACGGAAAUACUGAAAGAAAUCCGGCUUAAAAUUCAUAUGAUUAUGGAAGGCGAAGCCAAGUUGUCCAUAGUAUAAACAGUCUAUGGUCUGUAUCUGUCAGUUUGUCUGUAUCUGUCUGUGUGUCUGUAUCUGUCAGUUUGUCUGUAUCUGUCUCUCUCUUUGUCCCUGAAUGUUAAUUUUUGAAACAUUUGAUUUAAUUGAAUUUGUUGGAUUUUGCAGACAGAAGUGAAGCCCUACUAAACCACCUUAAUGGUAACGCACCCAAUUAUACACACACACGCAUGAACACAUCUAUACCCACAGAUUUCACACACACAGAUUUUAUAUGCACACACAACAUGCACACUAAGAAAACCACACUGACACAAACAGAUAGAGGAAAACAACUGUAACAGUUGAUCCGAUUGUUGUCUUAAAUGUGAGACAGAUGGUCAGCCGGUGAACUAAAGAUUGAUUAUUAAUUAUACCUUUUUUUUUUCAGGAGGGACCACAGAUGGACCAGUUACCCCACAGCCAGGUAACACAACAAACACACACUCUACUCUUCCUUAAAGACACACAUUAAAAAAAAACAAAUUCACUUCUUUAAUUUAAAAAAACAAUCACACUUUAAAGAAAAAAGUACAUUACACUUUGACAUAGAUUCAAACAACAAAAAUGUGAACACACAUGUAACAUAUAAUAGGUACACAACAUUUUUUGAGAGAGAGAAUUAUUGCAGACUGACAUUCAAGGAACAGACUGUUGCUAUGGAGAACAGACUGUUGCUAUGGAGAUCAGACUGUUGCUAUGGAGCAGACUGUUGCUAUGGAGAACAGACUGUUGCUAUGAAUAAAAGACUGGGGGUAUAAAGAACAGACUGUUGCUAUGAAAAACAGACUGUUGCUAUGGAGAACAGACUGGUGCUAUGAAGAACAGACUGGGGGUAUAAAGAAUAGGCUUUGGUUAAUUAUCUUGUUUAGCCCAUUGUUUCUGUUCUUAUCUUUAAUUCUGUCCUAAUUUCACGUUCGGUUCGUAACAGUUUUCGCAUCAUUACAGGAACCGAAGACAGCAUAGACUCUAACGAACAGACUCAAGGUAACUUACUGUCACUUCCUGUAUUUUGUCUCUCUGUCUAUCUGCUUGUUUGUGUUUGUCUUAGCUUUUGGUCUUUUACCUCAAAUAAAGUUUUUAUGAUUAAAGUUUUUUUUUCUUUUACAAACUAAGAGCAGAGCUUCACGAAAGGAAACAUCUGAAACCAAGUAGAAUCAAAGAAUGAGGAACUUUAGCUGAGAAGAAAUAGAUAAGUGAUGAAAGAAUGAGGAUAUUUGAGCUCAAAGAAAACACAGCUUGUUAGUUGCGGUAAGACACCACAAAUAGCGAUGUACACGAAGUAAUAGCAGUUAGGACGCAAGAGCAGGAAAAAAAGAAGAAUGAAAGAAUGAGGAUGUAUGAAAAAAGGAAAGAUAUUUUUCUGUUCCUCUUUUCUAGCUCCUUCUGAUUCAGCAAAACCCAAGGACGGAGGAGGUCAGCACAUCUAAUGUUUGUCUUAUAUCAUCAAAAUGAUUCACAAAGCCUCUUCUUCAAUCAACUUAAUUAUGAAUUUAAUAGAAGGUCGAAGUUAUAAUCAAAAAAAUUCAUGAUCAAAUUCAUAGAAAUAGGAUUGGUUUAACACAAAGUCAGCCUUAAGUAUUAUAACACUAUAAUAACUCAAAACAACAGAACAAGACUACAGAGGUCUGAGCCAUUAAAGCAGGUCUAUACCGGGUAUAUCUAUAACACUGAGUCCAAAACAGUCUAAGUAUAUAACAGUCUAAGUCUAAAACACUCUGAGUCUAUGACAGUCUGAGUCUAUAACACUUUGAGUGAAUACAAGGUCCAUUCUAUAACACUCUGAGUAUAUAACAGUCUAAAACAGUCUGAGUCUACAACAGUAUAAGUCUAAAACAGUCUGAGUCUUUAACAGUCUAUAACAGUCUGAGUCUUUUACAGUCUGAGUCUAUAACAGUCUGAGUCUAUUUCAGUCUAUAAAAGUCUGAGUCUAUAACAGUCUGAGUCUUUUACAGUCUGAGUCUAUAACAGUCUUAGUCUAUAACAGUCUAUAACAGUCUGAGUCUGUUACAGUCUAUAACAGUCUAAGCCUAAAACACUCUCAGUCUAUAACAGUCUGAGUCUAUUACAGUCUAUUAAAGACUGAGUCUAUAACAGUCUGAGUCUUUAACAGUCUGAGUCUAUAACAGUCUAUAACAGUCUUAGUCUAUAACAGUCUAUAACAGUCUGAGUCUAUAACACUUUGAGUCUAUACCAGGUUCAGUCCAUAACAGUCUGAGUCUAGAACAGUAUAAGUCUAGAACAGUCUAAGUCUAGAACGCUCAUAACAGUCUGAGUCUUUAACGCUUUGAGUGAAUACAAGGGCCGGUAAAUAACACUCUGAGUCAAUAACAGUCUGUAACAGUCUGAGUCUACAAAAGUCUGAGUCUAUAACACUCUGAGUCUUUAACAGUCUAUAACAGUCAAAGUCUAUUACAGUCUAUAAUACUCUAUAACAGUUCAAGUCUAAAACACUCUUAGUGUAUAACAGUCUGAGCUUUUUUACAUUCUAAAAAAGAUUGAGUCUAUAACAGUCUAUAACAGUCUCAGUAUAUAACACUCUAUUCAAGGUCGAGUCUAUAACGCUCUGAGUCUGUAACAGUCUGUGUUUAUUAGAGUCUAUAACAAUCUGAGUCUAUAUCAGUCUAUAACAGUCUGAGUGUAUAACAGUCUAUAACACUGAGUUUAUAACAGUCUAUAACAUUCUGAGUCUCUAACACUUGGACCAGGUUCAGUCUUGGACAGUCUAAGUCUAUAACAGUCUAUAACAGUGAGUCUAUAACACUUUAAGUAAACACAAGGUCCAGUAAGUAACACUCCGAGUCUAUAACAGUCUAUAACAGUCUAAGUCUACAACAGUAUGAGUCUAUAAAACUCUGAGUCUUUAACAGUCCAUAACAGUAUGAGUUUAUUACAGUCUAUAACACUCUUUAACAGUCCAAGUUUAAAACACUCUAUAAGAGUCUGAGUCUUUUACAGUCUAAAAAAGACUGAGUCUAUAACAGUCUGAGUCUAUAACAGUCUAUAACACUUUGAGUCUAUAACAGUCUAUAACACUGAGUAUAUAACAGUCGAUAAAAUUCUGAGUCUAUGACAGUCUGAGUCUAUAAAACUCUGAGUCAAUAACAGUCUAAGUCUACAACAGUAUGAGUCUAAUUCAUUCUGAGUCUUUUACAGCCUAUAACACUCUAUAACAACACUCUCAGUCUUUAUCAGUCUGAGUCUAUUUCAGUCUAUAAAAGUCUGAGUCUAUAACAGUCUGAGUCUUCUACAGUCUGAGUCUAUAACAGUGUAUAACAGUCUAUAACAGUCUGAGUCUAUAACACUUUGAGUCUAUACCAAGUUCAAUCUACAACAGACUGAGUCUAUAACAGUCUGAGUGUACAACAGUCUAUAACACUCUAUGACAGUCUGAGUCUUUACCAGUCUAUAACAGUCUGAGUCUAUAACAGUCUAUAACAGUCUGAGUCUAUAACACUUUGAAUCUAUACCAGGUUCAGUCUAAAACAGUCUGAGUCUAUAACAGUCUGAGUCUAGAACAGUCUAUAACAGUCUGAUUCUAUAACACUUUGAAUCUAUACCAGGUUCAGUUUAAAACAUUUUGAGUCUAGAACAGUCUAUAACAGUCUGAUUCUAUAACACUUUGAGUCUAUACCAGGUUCAGUCUAUAACACUCUGAGUCAAUAACACUCUGAGUCUUUAACAGUCUGAGUCUGUAACGGUCUUUAACAUUCUAAGUCUGUAAUACUCUUGGUUUACAACAGUCUGAGUCUAUAACACUGAAUUUUUAACAGUCUGAAUCAAUCACACUUCGAGUCUAUACCAGGUCCAGUUUAUUACACUCUGAGUCUAUGACAGUCUGAGUCUAUAGCACAGUCUGAGGUGGGUUGUGCGCAGAGAUCACAUCAUAAAUUCCAAAAACGGCAUUAAAAUUGGAACCAUCUGUGCGUAAAUGACGCAUCACGCUCUGUGGCCUGGCUCUUUCUUUCAUAGAUGUUGGCAUAUAAAAUAAAUUUGGCUCACAAAACUGAGUAUUGUAAUAUUUUAAUGUCGGCUUAAAGUAAAUAACUCAUCUGAUCACUGAAACAAAUCAUCUGUUCAGCCGCAGCAGCAGCUGCAGCAGGACGUGGAGAGGACACGGAGACAUGUCCAGGUCGAGCUGCGCGAGAAAUAAGAGGAAGAAAGAAAAGGAGGGAGACGAAUUACAUAUCUUGUUAACUUUAUCAAAAUACCACUAGACCAGGUGCGCUCUGCCACCGGUGAGCACAGGAAAUGUCGCUGCGGUAGCUGGUUCUGUCGCCACUUCCCGCUGCCAUGCCACCAUGGCCAGCUUGGCGGCCUCUGUGCCCCGAGCCUACAAAUAUACCAAACUGGCUGUACUCCAGGCUCUGCUGGACGAAAAAACCACAGCACGGGGUCCGCCAACCUCCGCCGCGUCCCCGGGGUACACAAAAAUAGAGCCCUCUGACUCUAUGACAGUCUGAGUCUUUACCAGUCUAUAACAGUCUGAGUCUUUAACACUUUGAAUCUAUACCAGGUUCAGUCAAAAACAGUCUGAGUCUAGAACAGUCUGAGUCUAGAACAGUCUAAAACAGUCUGAUUCUAUAACACGCUUUGGGUGAAUACAAGGUCCAGUCUAUAACACUCCUAGUCUAUAAUAGUCUAUAGCAGUCUGAGUAUAUAACACUCUGAGUCUAUAACAGUCUAUAACAGUCUGAGUCUAUUGCAGUCUAUAACACUCUAUAACAGUCCAAGUUUAAAACACUCUCAGUCUAUAACAGUCUGAGACUUUUACAGUCUGGGUCUAUAACAAUCCAUAACAGUCUUAGUAUAUAACAGGCUGAGUUCAUUACAGUCUAUAACAGUCUGAGUCUAUACCAGGUCCAGUCUGUAACAGUCUGCAUGUAUUAGUCUAUAACAGUGUGAGUCUAUAACAGUCUAUAACAGUCUAAGUCUAUAACAGUCUGAGUUCAUUACAAUCUAAAACAGUCUGAGUCUAUAGAACCUUAAGUCCAAACCAGAACCUAUAAAACCAGUCUAUAAAACUCUAAGUCUAUAACAGUCUGAGCAUAUAACACUUUAAGUCUAUAUUAGGUCUAGUCUAUAACACUCUGAAUCUAUAAAAGUCUAAGUCUCUAAAACUUUGAGUCUAUAACAAUCUUAGUCUAUAACAGUCUGAGUCUAUACCAUUUGAGUCUAUACCAGGUCCAGUCUAUAACACUCUGAGUCUAUGACAGUCUGAGUCUGUAACAGUCUAUAACACACUGAGUCUAUAACAGUCUGAGUCUGUAACAGUCUAUAACACACUGAGUCUAUUACAGUCUAUAGCAGUCUGGGUCUAUAAAAGUGUAUAACAGUUUGAGUCCAUAACAGUCUAUAACAGUCUGAGUCUGUAACACUCUGAGUCUAUUCCAGUCUGAGUCUAUAACAGUCUAUAACAGUCUGAGUGCAUAAGAGUCUAUAACACUCUGAGUUGAUAACAGUCAAUAACAUUCUGAGUCCAUAACACUCUGAAUCUAUAACACUUUGAGUCUAUACUAGGUCCAGUCUAUAACACUCUGAGUCUAUAACACUGAGUCUGUAACAGUCUAUAACACACUAAGUCUAUUAAAGUCUACAACAGUCUGAGUCUAUAACAGUCAAUAACUGUUUGAGUCUAUAACAGUCUAUAACAGUCCGAGCCUAUAACAGUCUAUAAUAGUCUGAGUCUAUAACAGUCUAGAUCUAUAACAGUCUAGAUCUAUAACAGUCGAUAUCAGUACAAGUCUAUAACAGUCUGAGUUUAUAACAGUAUAAGUCUAUAACAGUCUAUAUCAGUCUAUAACUGUCUGAGCCUAUAACAGUCUCUAACAGUCUAAUUCUAUAACAGUCUCUAACAGUCUUAGUCUAUAACAGUCAAUAACACUCUGAGUCUACAACAGUCUAUAACACUCUGAGUCCAUAACAGUCUACAACAGUUUGAGUCUAUAACAGUCUAUAACAGUCUGAGUCUAUAAGUCUAUAACAUUGAAUAACAGUCUAUAAUAGUCUAAGUCUAUAACAGUAUAUAACAGUCUUAAUCUAUAACAGUCUAUAACAGUAGAUAACAGUCUGAGCCUAUAACAGUCUUUUACAGUCUAUAAAAUUCUGAGUUUAUAACAGUCCAUAACAGUCUGAGUCUAAAACAGUCUAUAACAUGGUAUAACAGUCUUUAACAGUCUGAGUCUAUAACAGUCUAGAUCUACAACAGUUUGAGUCUAUAACCAUCUAUAACAGUCGAUAACACUCUGAGCCUAUAACAGUCUAUAACAGUCUGAGUCUAUAACAAUCUUGAACAGUCUAUAACAGUUUGAGUCCAUAACAGUCUAUAACAGUCUAGAUCUAUAACAGUCUAUAACAGUAUUGUUUUAAAUUGGUAGAUGCCGCUCAUGAUCCAGCUGAUGUCAAUAUUGAUCACCAAACUUCGACGACUUCAGAAGCUUCAGCGGCAGACAUGGAGGACAGCUUGGCUGGGGGGGAGAUAAUGGAGGGGGUUGAGACAGACAGUCAGGACACAGGAGAGGAUGAGGAGGGAGAUGAAACGCAAGUACAGGACAAAACAGACUUAACAGAAGAGGAGGAACCAGCAGGUCCAGAAAAGGAUGUGACCUCGGAGGAAAACGUGAGCGGCGGGACUGAGGACGCUGUGGAAGAUGACAAAGAAGACAAAGAUGUAAACACAAGUGACGAAGACGGUGACAAAGAUGGUAGUGACAAUGUGGAUUUCAAAGAGACAUCCAAAGGUGAGCAGGAAAUGACCUCAAUGGAGAGAGAGAGUGACAAAAACAUGGGGCCUGACAAUCAUGACAGCAACGAAUGGCUGGACUCCAUGGAGGAAGGGGUGGAGCCAGCCAUAGGUGAGCAGGAAGGGACCUCAAAGGAGGGGGACAACAGUGACGGGAACGACGACAAAAAAGACAGUGGCGAGAACAACAAAAACACAAGUGACAGUGGGAUGAGUCAGUCCGACACUGUUGGUAGUGACGGCGGUGACGGCGGUGACGGCAGUGACGGCAGUGACGGCGGUGACGGCAGUGACAGCAGUGACAGCGGUAAUGGCGGUGACAGUGGUAAUGGCAGUGAUGCCAGUGACAGCGGUGACGGUGGUGACGGCGGUAAUGGUGGUAAUGGUAGGGACAGCGAUGAUGGCAGGGAUGGUGAUGGUGGUAGUAACAAUGGUGAUGGGGGUGACGCAGGUGAAAAUAGUGAUGGCAGUGAUGGUGGAGAUGGCAGUGACAGUCAAAACAGGAGUGGUAGAGAGGACAACCGCGAUGACAGUAAAGACAGUGAGGAUGAAGGUGACAGGGGUGAUGGUGCUGAUGGGGGUGACAGGGGUGACGGCGCUGACGAUGCUGACGGGGGUGACAGUGCUGACGGGGGAGACGAGGGAGACAGGGGUGACGGCGCUGACAGGGAGGACAUUGGUGAUGGAGGUGACAGUGCUGAGGCCAGAGACAGCAGUGAUGAUGAUGAUGAUGAUGAAGAUGAUGAUGGAGGUGACAGACAGGACGGUGUUGACAGCAGUGAUGGCGGUUAUGGCAGUAAUGGAGAAACUAAUCCUGAUGACAGCAGUGACGCCACAGAUGGCAGUGACACUGAGUCCGACCACGACAUGUUGGACUCUGGAGCUGUGGAGGAGGAGGAGGUGAAUCAGGACAAGUCUGUGAAAGCUGACAGCGACCAGCCGGACGUCCAGAGUUCCGACGCUCUGGACUCUCAUGAAGGUAAAGAGAAUCUAAGAAUCUUUCUCAUGUGAAACUGUCAGACAGAUGCUGAAGGACGAACAAAUCCAGAUCCAGAACUUCUUUACAGAUGGACUUUGGGGGGAGUUUAAGGGUGGAGUUUCGCCUGCUAUCAUUUUAAUUUACAGAGUGUUUGUGAACUUUGACCUUCAGGUCUGACUGUGUCAUCACUGAGGCGGGGGUUAUUUGUGUGGGUGUGGUCUAACUUCCUUAUUGUUUGACUUCUUCUCUGAUUUUUGCAGCCACACCAGUUAAUCAAUUCCACCAAUCAGAUGACUCCACCCCUGCCACCACAGAUGGUAAUGCCCUCACUCUGUCAUCACACCAUUCAGCCUUACGACCAAUCACAGUCCAGAUCCAGUUAGAGGAAACAUUUAAGUCCAGUGUUCUCAGUGUUGAAAGAUGAUGCUGACCUUUGACCCCAGUCUAACUGUGAUUGGUGGUUAAAUAAAGACGUUUUUGUUUUUUUUUAACUCUGUGUUUCUGUUUUCAGCCACGCAGUAGAUCAGCCUCUGAUGUGCGGACGCCCUCUGACUUCAGGUAAAAGAAAAACACAGUUUGUUCUAAAGCUGCUCAUUUUGUUCUUAUUCAGCAGAUCGUUUGUUAAUUUGAGUUUUAUCAAUAAAGGUUGACUGAUCACCUAAAACUGAAAAGAUGAUUCACUGAGGAAAACCCCGAACAAAAACCACAGAUUAUCAUGAUCCUCUCUGAUCUGCUUCAUUCUCCGUUAACUGAAAAAAAAACCCAAAACAUCAGUCUAGCAAUAAACGAGGCGAGAGCUUUUAGUUCCCUUCGUAUUGUUUUUUUGUGUUUGACCGAAAAAAGAAGAUUCAAGUGAAGAAAAGAGAUCAGACUAAAAAACUGUUUCAUCAGUCUGUAAGAACAGACGCACGAUUUUCAGACGACCAGUCUGAAACAUUCAGUCAACAAAAACAACUAUGAGCCAAAACCCCACCAUGGUAAAGACCUCAGCAGGCGGUAAAUACUUCUCAGUAACUCUGAGUCUGUUCUCAGCAGGCGGUAGAUACUUCUCAGUAACUCUGAGGCUGUUCUCAGCAGGCAGUAAAUACUUCUCAGUAACUCUGAGUCUGUUCUCAGCAGGCGGUAAAUACUUCUCAGUAACUCUGAGGCUGUUCUCAGCAGGCGGUAGAUACUUCUCAGGAACUCUGUGGCUGUUCUCAGCAGGCAGUAAAUACUUCUCAGUAACUCUGAGACUGUCAUCAGCAGGCGGUAAAUACUCCUCAGUAACUCUGAGGCUGUUCUCAGCAGGCGGUAAAAACUCCUCAGUAACUCUGAGGCUGUUCUCAGCAGGCGGUAAAAACUUCUCAGUAACUCUGAGACUGUCAUCAGCAGGCGGUAAAUACUCCUCAGUAACUCUGAGGCUGUUCUCAGCAGGCGGUAAAAACUCCUCAGUAACUCUGAGGCUGUUCUCAGCAGGCGGUAAAUACUUCUCAGUAACUCUGAGACUGUCAUCAGCAGGCGGUAAAAACUCCUCAGUAACUCUGAGACUGUCAUCAGCAGGCGGUAAAUACUCCUCAGUAACUCUGAGACUGUCAUCAGCAGGCGGUAAAUACUUCUUAGGAACUGAGGCUGUUCUCAGCAGGCGGUAAAUACUCCUCAGUAACUCUGAGACUGUCAUCAGCAGGCGGUAAAUACUUCUUAGUAGCUCUGAGACUGUCAUCAACAGAUGGUAAAUAGUGCUCAGACUGUUUUUUCCAGGCUCUCAUUGUUUGCUGUUGUCAUUUCUUCAGGUUGACCCCUCAAUGGAUCCUGGUCGCCAUGACAACCACUACAACAAGAUGGACCCUGCCCAUCAGUCCGUUGUCAGUCUUUUCUUCGAUACUUUGCCGCUCAUCCCCGUCUCUCUCUCUCUCUCUCUCUCUUCGGUUCAUCUCACUCUCUGCCUGUCUCACACUCAUCCCUGUUCAUCUUACCCCCUGUUACUUUGUCCCACUCUAA